GUCUUUAGGCUAUUGCGUUUGCAGUGCUAUUAUGCCAUUUGGACGCAUUAACGAGUGGAUGCAAUGCAGCAGUUUUGAAAUCUGUGACAGUAGUGCUUAGCAUUAGCUUCAGGCGAAGGAGCACUUACCUUACAGCUUCUACUUUUGGUAUCUCAUUUUUCAAAAAAGUGGAGAAACUGUUGUAUGGAGAUAAAUGAGGUGUAGCUGCAUCAGCUGACUUAACUAAUGUGCCUCGACGAGGAUACGGGAUAGAGUGAGUAAUGGCAGAAGCCGCGGUGAGGAGAGUGAGUGUUACAGGGCUGCUCUUCUCUGCUCCGUGAGGAGGAGAGGUGAUGCUGUGGAGCGCGAGGACUCUCGUCAGCUCCGCAGCAGAGGCUCGCACACUCCGAGCUCAGAGCACAGGCGGGAAAAAGCGACCGGAGCGCGAGCACUGCAAGGGUCCCAUGUUUUUGCACGAUCUGUAGUGAGGGUCACUCUUACCAGGGGUAUGAUCGCCUAGUGCACCGUCACCUUCUCGUAUACAGCAUUCCACUGACCUAACUCACAGAUGACCAAUCUUGUUUUUUGGAAACCCCAGAGAAUGGUCACUUUACCAUGGGACCUCCUCCCACAGUGCAGGUGUACUGGUGACUCCUUUCACUUUGUACACCCCUUUCAUACUGGCCACCUACUGCAGUAACCACUUUGCACCUGACAGAAGUCUGCCUCUGCUCGCUCUCCUGUUUACAUAGUUUAACCUUGCAUUGUCAUGGCGAGGGACUCGACGUGGCGUAGCUGCAUUUUUAUGCUGACGGUGGUGACAUGCUCCUUCACCCAACGCCCGGAUCCCCUUGCACCCCCUACUCCUGAGUAUGCUCAUUCCAUUAGAAUAGACGGUGACAUUAUAUUGGGAGGCCUCUUCCCAGUGCAUGCGCGAGGGGAACGUGGUGCCCCCUGUGGUGAGCUGAAAAAAGAGAAGGGCAUCCACCGCUUAGAGGCCAUGCUCUUUGCCAUUGAUCUCAUCAACAAGGACCCUGACCUACUGCCCAACGUCACGCUGGGUGCUCGGAUCUUGGACACCUGCUCACGAGACACUUACGCUCUGGAGCAGUCACUUACUUUUGUGCAGGCACUCAUUGAGCGUGACCCCUCUGAUGUGCGCUGUGCUAGCGGCGAGCCACCCAUCUUUGCUAAGCCAGACAAGAUUGUGGGUGUGAUCGGUGCUUCUGCCAGCUCUGUUUCCAUCAUGGUGGCCAACAUUCUACGGCUGUUUAAGAUCCCUCAGAUUAGCUAUGCAUCUACCGCACCAGAGCUGAGCGACAACACCCGCUAUGACUUCUUCUCCCGAGUGGUGCCACCUGACUCCUACCAGGCUCAGGCAAUGUUGGACAUUGUUACAGCCAUGGGCUGGAACUACGUCUCCACGCUUGCCUCUGAGGGAAACUAUGGAGAAAGCGGUGUGGAGGCCUUCGUUCAGAUCUCUCGGGAAACCGGUGGUGUAUGUAUCGCACAGUCUCUGAAAGUCCCCAGAGAGCCCAGAGCAGGAGAGUUUGACAAGAUCAUCUUGCGGCUGCUGGAAACCCCCAAUGCUCGUGCCAUCAUCAUGUUUGCAAAUGAGGACGACAUCAGACGCAUCCUCAAUGCUGCCAAGAGAAACAAUCUGACAGAUCAUUUCCUCUGGGUGGGGUCUGACAGUUGGGGCUCGAAGAUCUCCCCUGUGGUUCAGCAGGAGAAAGUGGCUGAGGGAGCAAUUACCAUUCUGCCUAAAAGAGCUUCGGUCGAUGCUUUUGACAGGUACUUCAGAAGCCGCUCCCUAUCCAACAACCGGAGGAAUGUGUGGUUUGCUGAGUUCUGGGAGGAGAACUUUGGAUGCAAGUUGGGGAUGCAUGGCAAACGUCCUGGCAGUCCUAAGAAGUGCACAGGGUUGGAGAAGGUUGGAAGGGACUCCAGCUACGAACAGGAGGGAAAGGUGCAGUUCGUGAUGGAUGCUGUGUACGCCAUGGCCCAUGCUCUUCACCGCAUGCACAGAGACUUAUGUUCUGGAUACCCGGGACUUUGCCCUCGAAUGAGCAACAUUGACGGCAAAGAGCUGCUGGGUUACAUCCGCAAUGUCAGCUUUAAUGGAAGUGCCAAGACUCCUGUAACAUUCAAUGAGAACGGAGAUGCUCCUGGACGAUAUGACAUAUUCCAGUAUCAAAUUACUAAUGGAUCAACGGCUGAGUACAGAGUCAUCGGCCACUGGACAGAUCACCUUCAUUUGAAUAUGGAUGCCAUGCAGUGGGUGAGUGGUGACUCAUCUGUGCCUGCCUCAGUGUGCAGCCUGCCCUGUCAGACGGGCGAGCGUAAGAAAGUGGUGAAAGGAGUGCCCUGCUGCUGGCACUGCGAGCGCUGUGAAGGCUACCAUUACCAGGCCAGCGAGUUCACCUGCCAACUCUGCCCGUAUGAGCAACGACCAGACCACAACCGCACCGGCUGUCAGCCUAUCCCCAUCAUCAAGCUGGAGUGGCACUCGCCCUGGGCCGUGUUUCCUGUUUUCAUUGCCAUUCUGGGCAUCAUCGCCACCACGUUUGUGAUAGUCACUUUCAUACGUUAUAACGAUACACCGAUUGUACGUGCCUCUGGCAGAGAGAUGAGCUAUGUGCUGCUGACUGGAAUUUUCCUCUGCUACAUCAUUACCUUUCCCAUGAUUGCAACACCUGGGGUGGCUGUCUGCUCUUUCCGCAGAAUCUUCUUAGGCCUUGGCAUGUGUUUCAGCUACGCUGCGCUUCUUACCAAGACCAACCGCAUCCACCGCAUCUUUGAGCAGGGUAAGCGUUCAGUGGCAGCGCCACGCUUCAUCAGCCCUGCCUCGCAGCUGGUCAUUACCUUCAGCCUGAUCUCAGUGCAGCUGUUGGGUGUGCUGGUGUGGUUUAUUGCCGACCCACCACACACAAUCGUGGAUUAUGGUGAGCAGCGCACACAGGACCCCGAAAACGCACGUGGAGUGCUCAAAUGUGACAUAUCUGAUCUCUCACUCAUCUGUUCAUUGGGCUACAGUAUUCUUUUGAUGGUCACAUGCACUGUUUAUGCCAUCAAGACCAGAGGAGUACCAGAGACCUUCAACGAGGCCAAGCCCAUUGGAUUUACUAUGUACACCACCUGCAUCAUUUGGCUUGCCUUCAUUCCAAUCUUCUUUGGGACAGCACAGUCUGCAGAGCGGAUGUACAUCCAGACGACCACCCUGACCGUGUCCCUGAGCCUGAGUGCAUCUGUAUCUUUGGGGAUGCUCUAUAUGCCCAAAGUCUAUAUAAUCAUCUUCCACCCAGAGCAAAACGUGCCCAAACGCAAGCGCAGCUUCAAGGCGAUUGUCACAGCCGCCACCAUGUCCAGCAAGCUCAGCCAACUGGCCAGUGAGAGGCCAAAUGGAGAGGUGAAAACUGAACUCUGUGAGAGUGUGGACAACAGCACACCGCCAACAAAAACAACCUACGUCAGCUAUACCAAUCAUGCCAUAUGAAGUUGCAUCCUGAGUAGAAGAUUCUGGGAUUGUUUACAUGAGGCAUGGAUUAAUGGCACCAACUGGAGCUAAAGCAUGACACUAUGAUGUUGUUCGUAGCAAAGAGAACGACUGGUUGGACUGAGACAAGAACAUCUUUUUUUCUACACUGGUGGCCAUGCAGCAGUCAGAAUGAAUGGCACAGCAGCAAAUAUUAACUGGAUGUCGGUGAAGGAGCAAGAGCAAAAAAAUAUAUAUAAAAAUUCAGAAAACAAAGGAAAUAUUGGAGUCAACCAUGUUAGCUGUUAUUCUAAUUGUAAGUAUUUUGUGGUUGUGCAGACUUUUUAAUUCUUGUUCCACAGUGUCAGAUCUGCAUUGGAAAAUGCAUUUGUCUCUUGUAUCGGCUACUCUGAUCAAUUAGCCCUGGGUUGUAAGUGUGUAUAUGCCAUGGUUGAAGCAUGCCAAUUUUUUAUACAAAUAAUUUAUUUAUA